UAAAACCCACCCAUUCAUUUUCAUUCAAAAUUCACGAACGGUCUCUUAACUCUUUUCUGAAAAAUCUUCUCUUCCACUCCACGUUUUCAACGAUUCAUCAUUCCUCUUAUUCUCCUAUAUUUGACUCUGCUUGGUUUUCCCUCCUGUCAAGAAAAACCCCAGACCAGAGCACCCUUGAAGAAGUUGUUUCAAUAUCAGAGUUGUUUCUAUUCAACAAUGUAUCCAAGGGUGAAAGUCGCAGAGCAGGAAGAUGCUUCACUCUCCUUAGAUGAUCGUCCCUUUUGCUUCCCAGCUCUUACUGUUUCUGAUUCAGGUGUUGAAUACCGAAGCUGCUCUCCCCCAACAGUUGCAAGGGAUCCAAAUUCCCAUGUUCCGAAUGUCCAACGUCGCGAUUGUAUAGUAGAAAAGAACAAAGAAAUUGAUGCAGAAGACAGGCCUAAUAUUCGAGCUAGCCCACUGCCAAGGCCCCGUGCUGUGUUAUCCAGUCCUGUCAAUGAUGAAGUACUCGGUAACAGGAACAAGUUAACACAAGUUAGAACGUCAGCUACCAAGAAAAGCAACCCACUUCAACCCACAAACCCUUCUGUUAAGGUCAAUUCAAGAAAUGUUCAAGAAACCACUUCAGGCAAAAGCAAAAGAACUCCUCAGGAUAGCCAAGUAAGGACUCAGCCAAGGGGGACACAUUCUUCAGGAUCUGCAGUAUCAAGACCCAAAACAUCUCUCAAAAAGUAGCCACAUGUUACAGUAGUGAUAUCCAAGGUUUUGAAUCAGUAGACUACUUAGAAAUUACUGAUCAAGAUCACGAGGAUUUUAAAUUUUGAUCCAGACAUCCUCGGCUUUUAUGAUCAUCUUGUAGUGAUGAAUAAUUUUCAUCUUUCAACCCUGUAAUUCUCGUGGUUUUUCUGGAAGGAUGAUACUUCUCGCAUCAUUCCAGUGGAGUAAAUAUAUAUCCAGUUUCUCAA